UUAACACUUGCACAUGUGACGAGCUAUAAUUGGACUGCUGAACAAACUAAAUGAUCUGACCGCUAUAUUCUCAUGAGAUGCUAUCAACAUUGGCUUUUCUAUAUGAAUUGUACAAGAAACGUAAUCUUCUUCUGUCUAGGCCGUUGACUUGAUCUAUAAAACAGACACCCCCAUAAUUUACCAGAAAUUUGCAUUCAUAGGGUGUUGGAAACUUGGAAUUGAAUGGGUAGCUGCAACUCAAAGAAAGCUGGCCCAAGUGCCAAAGUACCAUCUGGGUUGGAACUUAGUCCGGCUGUUCUUGCUUCUAAAACUCCCUUUUCUGUGAGUGAGGUGGAGUCUUUGUAUGAGCUAUACAAGAAAUUAAGCAGCUCUGUAGUUAAAGAUGGGCUUAUACACAAGGAAGAGCUCCAGCUUGCGCUUAGAGUAGCAGUAAGCAGAACCUCUUUUUCGACAGAUAUUUGAUCUUUUCGAUGUCAAUAAAAAUGAGCAUAUCGAGUGUGAAGAGUUUGUUCAUACAUUGAGUGUUUUCCACCCUAAAACUCCUGAUGAAGUCAAAAUUACAUAUGCUUUUAAAUUAUAUGAUUUGAGGCACACUGGUUACAUCGAGCGUGAGGAGGCAAGUCCACUGUAUUCUUACUUUGGUUGUUCAUUCAGUUACCCUGGUGGACUUCUGGUUUCCUAGCAAAGCCAGCAACUCAUGAUGUUCAUAUUGAUUACUUAUGUGGCUCUGCAUCUAGCAUUUGGUAGAUCUCAUACAAUAAUUGUCCUAGCUCUACCGUAUAUUUUUGUUUCAUUUCUUCUGGAGCAAUC